AUGUGUCCUGUUGGUCCUAUCCCAGCUUAUUGCUACCAACCACCACCGUGGUCACCGCCACCACCAUGGUCACCGCCACCACCGCCGUCAUUUCCACCUCCAUCUCCGCUUUCGCCUCCACCACCAUUCUAUUUUCCACCAUCACCAUCUCCAACAUCACCACCACCAGCACCACCGACACCAAUUCUCUCCCAAACAGCUGGAGCAAUACUCGUGUCAACCACACUCAUUGGUUUCUUCCUCUUUGCACUUCUCCCACUUGGUCUUUCUUGGUAUUCAGAAAGGAAGAAAUUAAGGCCUAUAAUUGAUAAUUCUGAAAAUCCAAGUGUCCAAGAACCAUUAAUCAAUGGGAAUGUUGGAAUCCAAGAAGUAAGUAUUCAUGAAGAACAUCAGUCGAUCUUUGAAGCCACUCUAACUGAAACAUCAGUGAAAGACAAUGUUGGAAUCCAAAAAGUAAGUGUUCAUGAAGAACAUCAGCCGAUCUCCAAAGCCACCCUAACUGAAACAUCAGUGAAAGAGAAUGUUGGAAUCCAAGAAGUAAGUGUUCAUGAAGAACAGCAGUUGAUCUCCCAAGUCAUUCAAACAUACCCAUUAGUGAAAGAGUAUGUUGGAAUCCAAGAAGCAAGUCAUCAUGAAGAACAACAGUUGAUCUCCCAAGAAACAAGUCAUCAUGAAGAACUGCAGUUGAUCUCCCAAGUCAUUCCAACUAAACCAUUAGUGAAAGAGUAUGUUGGAAUCCAAGAAGCAAGACAUCAUGAAGAACACCAGUUGGUCUCCCAAGAAGCAAGUCAUCAUGAACAACAACAGUUGAUCUCCGAAGUCAUUCCAACAGAACCAUUAGUGAAAGAGUAUGUUGGAAUCCAAGAAGCAAAUCAUCAUGAAGACCACCAGUUGAUCUCCCAAGAAGCAGUUCAUCAUGAAGAACUACAAUUGAUCUCCCAAGUCAUUCUAACUGAACCAUUGAUGAAAGAAAAUCAGUUGAUCUCCCAAGAAGCAAGUCAUCAUGAAGAAAUUCAGUUGAUCUCCCAAGAAGCAAGUCAUCAUGAAGAAAUUCAGCUGAUCUCCCAAGAAGCAAGUCAUCAUGAAGAACAGCAGUUGAUCUCUCAAGUCAUUAUAACUGAACCCUUAGUGAAAGAGUAUGAUGGAAUCCAAGAAGCAAGUCAUCAUGAAGAACAACAAUUGAUCUCCCAAGAAGCAAGUCAUCAUGAAGAACAACAAUGGAUCUCCCAAGUCAUUUUAAUUGAACCAUUAGUGAAAAACUAUGUUGAAAUCCAAGAAGCAAGUCAUAAUGAAGAACAACAGUUGAUCUCCCAAGAAGCAAGUCAUCAUGAAGAACAGCAGUGGAUGUCCCAAGUCAUUCUAACUGAACCAUUAGUGAAAGAGUAUGUUGGAAUCCAAGAAGCCAGUUAUCAUGAAGAACAGCAGUUGAUCUCCCAAGAAAUAAGUCAUCAUGAAGAAAUCCAGUUGUUCCCCCAAAAAGCAAGUCAUCAUGAAGAACAACAGUUGAUUUCCCAAAUCAUUUUAACUGAACCAUUAGUGAAAGAGUAUGUUGGAAACCAAGAAGCAAGUCAUCAUGAAGAACAGCAAUUGAUCUCCAAAGAAGCAAGUCAUCAUGAAAAACAACAGUUGAUCUCUCAAGAAGCAAGUCAUCAUGAACAACAACAGUUGAUCUCCCAAGUCAUUCUAAGUGAACCAUUAGCGAAAAAGUAUGUUGGGAUCCAAGAAGCAAGUCAUCAUGAAGAACACCAAUUGAUCUCCCAAGAAGCAAGUCAUCAUGAAGAACAGCAGUUGAUCUCCCAAGAAGCAAGUCAUCAUGAAGAACAGCAGUUGAUCUCCCAAGUCAUUCGAAUUGAACCAUUAGUGAAAGAGUAUGUUAGAAUCCAAGAAGAAAGUCAUCAUGCAGAGCAGCAAUUGAUCUCCCAAGAACCAAGUCAUUAUGAAAAACAGCAGUUGAUCUCCCAAGAAGCAAGUCAACAUGAAGAAAUCCAGUUGAUCUCCCAAGAAGCAAAUCAUCAAGAAGAAAUCCAGUUGAUCUCCCAAAAAGUAAGUCAUCAUGAAGAACAGCAGUUGAUCUCCGAAAUCAUUCUAACUGAAUCAUUAGUGAAAGAGUAUGUUAGAAUCCAAGAAGCAAGUCAUCAUGUAGAACAACAGUUGAUUUCACAAGAAGCAAGUCACAUUGAAGAACAGCAAUUGAUCUCCCAAGAAGCAAGUCAUCAUGAAGAACAACAGUUGAUCUCCCAAGAAGCAAGUCAUCAUGAAGAACAACAAUUGAUCUCCCAAGAAGCAAGUCAUCAUGAAGAACAACAAUUGAUCUCCCAAGAAGCAAGUCAUCAUGAAGAACAACAAUUGAUCUCCCAAAUCAUUCUAUCUGAACCAUUAGUGAAAGAGUAUGUUGGAAUUCAAGAAGCAAGUCAUCAUGAAGAACACCUGUUGAUCUCCCAAGAAGCAAGUCAUCAUGAACAAGAACAGUUGAUCUCCCAAGAAGCAAGUCACAUUGAAGAACAACAGUUGAUCUCCCAAGAAGCAAUUCACCAUGAAGAACAGCAGUUGAUCUCCCAAGAAGCAAGUCAUCAUGAAGAACAGCAGUUGAUCUCCCAAGUCAUUCUAUCUGAAUCAUUAGUGAAAGAGUAUGUUGGAAUCCAAGAAGCAAGUCAUCAUGAAAAACACCAGUUGAUCACCCAAGAAGCAAGUCAUCACGAAGAACAGCAGUUGAUCUCCCAAGUCGUUCUAACUGAACCAUUAGUGAAAGAGUAUGUUGGACUCCAAGAAGCAAGUCAUCAUGAGGAACAGCAGUUGAUCUCCCAAGAAGCGAGUCAUUAUGAAGAACAACAAUUAUUCUCCCAAGUCAUUCUAAUUGAGCCAUUAGUGAAAGAGUAUGUUGGAAUCCAAGAAGCAAGUCAUCAUGAGGAACAGCAGUUGAUCUCCCAAGAAGCGAGUCAUCAUGAAGAACAACAGUUGAUCUCCCAAGAAGCAAGUCAUCAUGAAGAAAUCCAAUUGAUCUCCCAAGCAACAAGUCAUCAUGGAAAAACAGCAGUUGAUCUCCCAACGAAAGAGUAUUUUGGAAUCCAAGAUGCAAAUCAUCAUGAACAACAACAGUUGAUCUCCCAAGUGAUUCUAAGUGAACCAUUAGCGAAAGAGUAUGUUGGGAUCCAAGAAGCAAGUCAUCAUGAAGAACACCAGUUGAUCUCCCAAGAAGCAAGUCAACAUGAAGAACAGCAGUGUAUCUCCCAAGUCAUUCUAAUUGAACCAUUAGUGAAAGAGUAUGUUGGAAUCCAAGAAGAAAGUCAUCAUGCAGAGCAGCAGUUGAUCUCCCAAGAACCAAGUCAUUAUGAAAAACAGCAGUUGAUCUCCCAAGAAGCAAGUCAACAUGAAGAAAUCCAGUUGAUCUCCCAAGAAGCAAGUCAUCAUGAAGAAAUCCAGUUGAUCUCCCAAGAAGCAAGUCAUCAUGAAGAACAACAGUUGAUCUCCGAAAUCAUUCUAACUGAACCAUUAGUGAAAGAGUAUGUUAGAAUCCAAGAAACAAGUCAUUAUGAAGAACAGCAGUUGAUCUCCCAAGAAGCAAGGCAUUAUAAAGAACAACAAUUGAACUCCCAAGAAGCAAGUCAUUAUGAAGAACAACAGUUGAUCUCCCAAAUCAUUCUAUCUGAACCAUUAGUGAAAGAGUUUGUUGGAAUUCAAGAAUUGAUCUCCCAAGAAGCAAUUCACCAUGAAGAACAGCAGUUAAUCUCCCAAGAAGCAAGUCAUCAUGAAGAACAGCAGUUGAUCUCCCAAGUCAUUCUAUCUGAAUCAUUAGUGAAAGAGUAUAUUGGAAUCCAAGAAGCAAGUCAUCAUGAAGAACACCAGUUGAUCACCCAAGAAGCAAGUCAUCAUGAAGAACAGCAGUUAAUCUCCCAAGUCAUUCUAACUGAACCAUUAGUGAUAGAAUAUGUUGGAAUCCAAGAAGCAAGUCAUCAUGAGGAACAGCAGUUGAUCUCCCAAGAAGUGAGUCAUCAUGAAGAACAACAGUUGUUCUCCCAAGUCAUUCUAAUUGAGCCAUUAGUGAAAGAGUAUUUUGGAAUCCAAGAAGCAAGUCAUCAUGAGGAACAACAGUUGAUCUCCCAAGAAGCGAGUCAUCAUGAAGAACAACAGUUGAUCUCCCAAGAAGCAAGUCAUCAUGAAGAAAUCUAA